GGGCGGGUCGGUGAAAACACAUUGUUGGGCCUGUCUUGUUUAUAAGUAACAUCGUACAUGCCAAUUUCUUGGACCCCGCCGCACGAUCUGUCCGACCUCCCCAGAAGCAAAUGAAGCCUUCACUGCGGCCGAGCUUUACCCGCCCCUGGCCAUGCAUCGCCUCCAAUUUCUCGACCUUCUUCUUUCAACUCCCUACUCCUCUCACUCAUGCCCGCAACAUCACUCAAAUUCGCCACCGUCACAUUCACUCCUCCCCGUCUCCUCCGCCGCCGCCGCAACUGGCUUCUUCUCCCCCUCCGCUGCUCCCACUGUUUCUAAGGCCACCCGAGUACACGACCACCGUCUCGGACCUCCUAGAAUGGCACUCCUGGGCCAAAUCUCUCGCCGCCUCCAUCGGGUCCUCCUUCGAGGACUCCGACAACGGCCCGGACUCCACUCUCCUCUGCAGGGAGCUCAAUUGGCUGAUGGAAGACGUCCUCGACGGGUCCGACCCUUCAUUGAUGCACAAAGCCGUGGCUCGCGACGACCCGGACACCAUCAUUAGCUUGAAAGCUGAUGUCCAAGAGCUUUACAGCUUAUGGAAGCAAAGGAUCGACGAGAGAAGGCCCUUCCAGUAUAUAGUCGGGUGCCAGCAUUGGAGGGACUUGAUUCUGUGCGUUCGAGAAGGGGUCUUGAUCCCUAGGCCCGAGACCGAGAUCAUUGUGGAAUUGGUAGGUGAUGUGAUUUCGAAAGACGAAGGAUUGAGAGAAGGUUUGUGGGCUGAUUUGGGAACUGGUAGUGGCGCUAUUGCUAUUGGAAUUGCCAAGAUCUUGGGUAAUUAUGGAAGAGUCAUCGCUACGGAUUUGAACCCUGUCGCUGUUCAAGUUGCUUCCUUUAAUGUUGAAAGAUAUAGCUUGCAGGACAAAAUUGAGGUGAGGGAAGGUUCUUGGUGGGAACCUUUGAAGGGCGUUGAAGGAAAAGUUGCAGGUCUUGUGAGCAAUCCGCCUUAUAUUCCAAGUGAUGACAUAAGUGGUUUACAAGCUGAAGUUGGGAGACAUGAACCGAGGCUUGCCCUGGAUGGUGGUGCUGAGGGCAUGGAUGAUCUUCUGCAUCUGUGUAAUGGAGCUGCUUCAAUGUUGAAACCUGGUGGUUUCUUUGCUUUUGAGACGAACGGAGAAAAACAGUGCAAGUUUCUUGUAGAUUACAUGCAAAAUCAAUUACCAGGGAGCUUUUGCAAUGUCAAUACAGUAUCUGAUUUUGCUGGUAUUCUGAGAUUUGUUACUGGGUUCCGAAAUCGAUGAUCAGCAAUUUUCCGACUGUAUUUCAAUCCAUCAAUCAGGAAAGAAAGCAAAUAAAUGACGUUGCUGAAGUACAACAGAAUGCCUAUGCUUACUCCCACCUCUUUGAACCGAAGCCGAUCCGUGUUCUCCAUCCAUCGUGAGAGUGCUGACUGUUCUCAGGUUAGUUUCGAUUUCUUUAGAUGCCCCCAACAGUUAAUGAUGCAUCAGCUCCCAAAGCAGUCUCUGAGACAACGUGUGCUGCUGCUUCAUCCAGCUUUUCGCUUAUGUCACUUGCAUAAACUACACAGAGCCUUACAAAAAAGCUUGGUCCUCCUCCUGUCCUUCAAUUACUAUAAAGGUUUGUUCCAGCGUGAUUAUCGAAAGUAACAACCCUGUCUUAGGAAGAUGGUAAAUGGCAUUGUGUUUUCCAAAUGUUGGGUAACAACUAGCAAGAGGUGUAUCUUUAGAGCAAAGCAACUGCAGCUAUUUAAAUUUGAUGAUGAUCAGAUAUAUGCUGGACUGCUCUUCUUGUACUUAAGAGAAAAGCACUCCAGCCAAGUCCUAGUGAUUCGUAAAUGGCAGAUCACCGACGAAUUGUGCAA